UAAUUUUAAAUAGAAUCAGUAAAUUCCUACCAAACCCAACCAGAGUCGUAUUUCUCUCUCAACUCUAAACACAGCCGCCCGUCCUCUUCCCUCCCCACCUUACGCCUCUCCGCCGUUCCCUCUGGUACAGCCGCGCGCCUCCCGCCGAUCGUCCACGCCGUCAACGCCGUCGCUCUGUCCGUUGGUCCUGGUUGCUUCUUUGCUCUCCUCCACCGCUGCCUCUGGUCCAGUUCCUCUGCCGUCCGGUGCUGCUCGUGUUCGCUGGUCCUCGUCUUAAGUCACGCUGCUGCUGCUCCUUGCCACUCAACUCUACGUCCUCGGUCACUGCAGGUAUGGAGAAAGGAACCUCCUUUUUGUUCGCAGGUAUCAGCUUCGAUAAGAAGAAGUUUGCCAACGAUUUUGCCCGUUUUAAGGAUACAAAACAAGGUAAUGGUGAUGGUCCAACAGAUGAUUUCAAUAUCGGAAAACGUGAUCCAGAGGACGUGGCAGUCUCAGUUAGGAAGCGGAAACGAAAAAUUGCGUAUGUCUCAGAAGUGGUGGAGGGAUUCAAUGUCUUUAAGAGUUCAAAGUCUGUGUCUUUACCAUUUGAGGAACAGAAUGAUCAAGAUGAAGAAAAUCAGCCUUCCAGGAAGAAGAAAGAAUUAAAUAAGCAAAUUGAGCAAGAUGCACUUCUAAGGAAAAAACAUCACAUUCACGUGUCUGGGAGUAAUAGUCCAUCCCCGCUUCAAAAUUUUGCAGAAUUAUCCUCCAGAUAUGGAUGUGACUCAUAUUUAUUACACAAUUUGGCUGAACUUGGAUUUAAGGAGCCAACACCGAUCCAAAGGCAGGCUAUUCCAGUACUCCUAUCUGGCCGAGAAUGCUUUGCUUGUGCUCCUACUGGAUCUGGGAAAACCUUGGCUUUUGUUUGUCCAAUGCUUAUGAAACUUAAGCAUGCAUCAAAGGAUGGGAUUAGAGCCGUUAUCUUGUGUCCUACACGGGAAUUAGCUUCUCAAACCACUAGAGAGUGCAAAAGAAUGGCUAAAGGGAAUAAAUUUCGUAUUAAGCUAAUGACAAAAGAACUUGUGAGAAAUGCUGAUUUUUCAAAGCUGCUGUGUGAUAUUCUUAUAUCAACACCACUUCGAUUACAAUUAGCUAUCUGCAAGAAGAAGGUUGACUUAAGCAGGGUUGAGCAUCUUGUUUUGGAUGAAUCUGAUAAGCUGUUUGAGCUUGGCAUGUUAAAGCAGAUUGAUUAUGUGGUCAAAGCAUGCUCGAACACCUCAGUAAUACGUUCACUGUUUAGUGCUACUUUACCUGAUUUUGUUGAAGAGCUUGCACGUACAAUAAUGCAUGAUGCUGUUCGAGUGGUGGUUGGCAGGAAGAAUACUGCUUCUGAUACCAUCAACCAAAAAUUGGUUUAUGCUGGAAGUGAAGAAGGAAAGCUCCUUGCACUUCGUCAAAGCUUUGCGGAGAGUCUGAAUCCACCAGUGUUGAUUUUUGUUCAAAACAAGAAACGUGCAAACGAACUAUAUGAAGAACUGAAAUUUGACAGUAUCAGAGUUGGGGUUGUCCAUUCUGAUUUGGCCCAAAAGCAGCGUGAGAAUGCCGUUGAUGACUUCAGAGCUGGCAACACGUGGGUCUUGAUUGCAACUGAUGUUGUUGCCCGGGGUUUGGAUUUCAAAGGGGUCAAUUGUGUGAUUAAUUUUGAUUUUCCAGAUUCUGCUGCUGCAUAUAUUCAUAGGAUUGGUCGGUCUGGCAGAGCAGGGAGGACUGGAGAAGCUAUUACUUUCUACACAGAAGAUGAUGUUCUUGUUCUGCGUAAUAUUGCCAAUGUAAUGGCAGCCUCAGGUUGCGAGGUUCCGUCUUGGAUCAUGGCUUUGCCUAAAGUGAAGUGGAGGCGGCACCGACCAGAAAGAGAAUCAAUUUCAACCAAUCCAGAAGAUCAGGAAGAGUAAAACAAUGAUUAAACCAAAAUUGUUUUGAUGUAUGUUCUUUGUAAGAGUUUUGUCAUAUAAGGUACUGUUAAAAUCUUUAACAGAACAUAUCCAACUUAGCUGUCCAUCUCAUAGUUUCUAAUAUUAGAAAUAUUACCUCAAA